UCACAUUAUGGUUACGCUGAAAUGACCAAAACUGCAGUUACUGCCUAAAAUAUCCCCUUUCGUGGGUUGCUUCCUUCCAACAAGACGUAUUUUGUCAUGUUUAUCCCGGACCAAAAAGAUGGUGCGUUCCCUUCUUCCAUCCAGUUCUCUUUAGUGUUUGCCAAUGUUGGAGGUGUAACUGGGGUCUGGCCCUGGACAAAGGAAUAGAGCAUGGCUCAAGUGAAAGUACAGACCGCAGCGCCCCUGGCUGGUCCUGGCCUCUCCCCUGGAGUUUCUCCGACGGCCAUGGCCAGCCCAGGACCCCUGGGUCUGCAGCCCUCUGUCAACGGCACAGGCCCGGCCCCCACACCCGCCUGCCCUGCUCCUGCAGUCGGAUAUGGGGACGUUCCUGUGUCUGCCACACCACCAGGCUCGCCCCAGGAGGACAUGGCAAACCCUAAAGAGAAAACUCCAAUGUGCUUGGUGAAUGAGUUAGCCCGUUUCAACAGGAUCCAGCCACAGUACAAGCUCCUCAAUGAGAGAGGCCCUGCACACGCUAAGAUCUUCACGGUGCAGCUGACCCUCGGGGAGCAGGUGUGGGAGGCGGAGGGCACCAGCAUUAAGAAGGCCCAGCACUCCACUGCUGCCAAAGCGCUGGCCGAGAGCGUCCUGCCCAGGCCCGCGCCCCGCUCGCCUAAAGUCGACGUCAACAGCAACCCAGGCAGCAUAACGCCCACCGUGGAGCUGAACGGUCUGGCCAUGAAGAGAGGGGAGCCAGCUAUAUACAGACCCCUGGAUCCCAAACCCAUCCCCAACUACAGAGCUAAUUACAACUUCAGAGGGAUGAUUAACCAAAGGUACCAUUAUCCUGUCCCUAAGAUCUUCUACGUGCAGCUCUCCGUGGGGAGUCGGGAGUUCAUCGGGGAAGGACGCACCCGCCAAGCGGCGAGGCACAGCGCUGCCAUGAAAGCCCUCCAAGCACUUCGCAACGAACCGAUCCCUGAACGGCCACCGCAGAGUCCAGAAGAGAAAGUGGAGACACAAGAAGGAACCGAUGCCAGCAAAUCAGAGAUUAGCCUCGUCUAUGAAAUCGCCCUCAAAAGAAACUUAUCUGUUAACUUUGAGGUAGGAACAAAAACACAGCCAUCAGGCAAUCAUUUUAAGUUCAUACCAUCAAGUUGAAAAAUUAUCAAGAAUGUCAGUGUUGUGGCUGUGAACUGGAUCGGGAUGAGAAAUACAAAAAGAAGGUCUGCAGGAUGAAGAUUACCUUCAUCCUGCAGACAGUUUUUAUCUUGUUUUUAUCUCUUUGAGCUUUCAGGGUUUCUUGAGGAACGUGUUGGAUUUGAAAAUGCCUGCACCAAGGCUGCUGUUUUAAUAUCAGCAGGAAAUGCAGAAAAUAGUUUUAUCUAUAUUAACAGGUCAGUGUUUCUAAAAAGUGGAAGUCAGAAAUUGGCAGCAGCACUCGUACUGGUGCAUCUCUAGACGCGUUCCACCUUCUUCACACCCAAAAGUUGUCAGCUUUGGCGACAUUCCUCAGCCUCAGUGGCUCCACAUCAGUCCCCCAAAAUAAACUCCCCACCAGUUUUGUUCGGUUUCUUUGCUACACGUGAUCCUACCCUUAGAGCUGCAUCCUCAAAGUCAGAGUAGCUCACUCUGUCCUCAUAUGACCUGCUCUGUUCUUCUUGGCUUUUACCAUAUCUUAGCUGACUCAUCUAAUAUUCUCUCCCCAAGCCUCCACCCCCUCAUCUUCGUUCGCGCUCGGUAAGGUGCCAAAAACAAGGGAAGCUCAGUUUACACUGUGUGCUCCCUCCCUUCCUCCUUAGACCUCUCCCUUCCAUCUCCAUCACUCCCAAAAAUCACAAAUGAGGCAGUUGCAUGUGGAGACAAGGGGGGAGAUGCAGACGCAGGAAGAGAAGUAACAUAUUUUCUCUCUGCUGACUUGGCUUGUUAAUGAGUUUACCCCUACUUUGGAAAAGUUAUCUGGAAAACUGUUCGCCCUCACCUUCCUCUACUCAUUUGCCCUUUAAAGCAGGAUGUAGUUUCCUUUUUAGGAACGGCUAUUAAUUAUUUUAGCCGGCUAAAUCAGGGGUUGAGGUAAUUCAUUAUCUGUCAUGUCUUUGUCACUGUCCUUGAUUACACUGUCAUUUUUAGUCCUGGGAAAUUUGGAGAGAGAGGCUGUAUUUUUGUUCUUCUGAACCAUUUCCUGUUUUCUCUAAUUAAUGUUUUUUUCCCUUCAACUUUUCCUAUUUUUAAUCACCUUAAAUAUCUCUAUCCAAAAUUAAUCUUUCCAGUUUUUUUCCCCCACUUGUGAUUUGUGUAGUUCUUGUUUUUUUUGUUUGUUUUUUUUUGUUUUUUUUUCCAGUAAGCUUGCUGGAAUAUUAAAUAAUUAAAUAGUCCUUGUAAUUUUGGAGCUAGCUUAGCAGUGAAGCUACAGAUUGUCAUGAACCAUUAAUGACCCAUAAUCCUCACAGCAUUACUGGCAAAGAACAUCCUUUCCCAGUUAAACACGUGCAACAGCUGCAGUCUGAUGCUCACAUACUGGCUUCCUUUUACCCUUCAUUACAUGAAGUAAACACUUUUCCAGGAACUCAAGUCUUAAACCAGGAGUCCAAGUCAAGUCUCAAGUAUAAUAGAGUCAUUCUUGGUUUGACGUGUAAAGACCAAGGAAGCUCAUGAAAGAAGCUGACAAGUGUGCAUCAGUCAUAAAUAAUAAAAGAACAGUUAAAUUGGAGGAAUAAGGUAACAAAUGACCAAAGGCGCGGUAUGAUGAUUCACUUUUACUCAGUUUCUAUUUCAGUAACAGUAAAUUGUCUGGGCACGCUGUACUGAGCGGGAAACAAGAUUUAGUAAGAUGUAGCACAUGAUAGCAAACAAUAAGGCAUGCAAAUUCAAAAUCCAGCGGCGCUAAAAAGCACACGCAUACAAAGAAAGCUGUUUAUUUUCAACUCGACGUUGCUUUUAAAU